AUGGCCACAUUACAAUACUUUGUCUGUGCACUGAUCAUCCUGUCUCUGUCACUGGAUGGAGCCAAUGGAUAUUACUACGUUGCGGAACUUCAGUGCCACUUCACCUACCCAGACCAGAGUUAUCUGGAGUACAUUCGAUCCAGUUGGUUUAAUAAGGCUGAGCGAGUGCGCUUUAACAGCACCGUGGGGAAGUUUGUAGGCUACACGGCACACGGAGUGCUCAGUGCAGAGAGAUAUAACAAUAAUACAGCCAUCAUGGCACAGAUGCGGGCAGAGAAGGAGAGAUACUGCAAACACAAUACCCAGAAUGAUAUUGAUAACAUACUGACACAGACUGCUGAGCCAGAGGUGAAGUUGAGACUGAUAAAGGCGUCCAGUAGUGGCCAUCCAGCCAUGCUGGUGUGCAGCGCCUACAACUUCUACCCCAAUAUAAUCAAGCUGACCUGGUACAGGGAUGGGCAGGAGGUGACUGGUGACGAGAUAUCCAGUGAGGAGCUGGCGGAUGGAGACUGGUACUACCAGGCCCACUCCUACCUGGAGUUCACCCCCAAAGCUGGAGAGAAGAUCUCCUGUGAGGUGCACCACAUCAGCCUCAGGGAGCCUCGAGUGAUCCAUUGGGACUCCUCCAUGCCUGAGCCUGAGAGGAAUAAGAUUGCCAUUGGGGCAGCAGGCCUGGUGCUGGGGGUCAUCAUUGCUCUGGCUGGAUUCAUCUACUACAAGAAGAAGUCCAGAGGUGUGUAUUGUUUCUGUAGUGUACCCUGUAGCUGUGUGGAGUGUUCGAGUAUAGAGGUGUGUAGUGUUGAGGUGUGUGUCACUACUGUUAGAGUUUUGAGUGUAGAGGUGUGUAGUGUUACUAGUUAAAGUGUAAGAGUGUGGAGGUGUGUGCAGUAUUUUGAGCCCAAGUAACACACAACAUACGUACAUUCACCAUUCAGACCUAAGGGUUGUAAAAAAUAUACUGUAUAUGCUACAGAUGGUCUUAUACUGUAUUAUGGUACAGUGCUGUAAAAUGAGAUCAGAUACCUGUGUUUCUAGGUUUUAUUGUAAAGGAUUAAAAUGCGUUAGUAAAACAUUCCUUUAAGUUCCUUUAAAGGGGAUAGAGAAUCAAAAUCAUAUUUUUCACGUUUUUACUGUUAGGUCAGAGUCUCCCCACUAUGGGAAGUACACACAAAGUGGCAGAAAUGGUCAGAACCUCUGUUUCAAGUACUCCCCCUUUUUUGAAUUAGCGCCAAAAAAU